UUAGUUGACUACCGAUGCCAGACCGGAACAGUCAGUCAGUCACUCAGCCAGGCGACGACGACGGUAAACGCAGCGUAAAAUUAGCGAAUUAAGAUCCCCCUCCUCACCCAUUACGAUAAGGUCGAGGUGCUGUAGGUGUCCAAAAACCGUAGUGAUAGGGCGGUGUCUUGUUGGAACGGGUGCGCGUGCUAAAGUGUCAUCAAACGGCGGCGAUGUCGCUUAUUUCGGGACGCAUCGCUAUGUUGUACGACAGAGGGCGAUGUUGAACGCAGUUUUCAGUUGGCUACUGUUGAUGCGGUUUGAUAGUGAAUUUUCGCAGAAAUUCUGUAAUCAGUUAAAAGUGAAAGCAAGAUAGCAAAGAAGUGAUAAAAGUGCGUUUAUUCCAACAACAAGAACCAAAGUUCUUGUACAAGAGCGAAGAAAUACUGUACAGCACAAAGAAGAGUAGGUCGGAAGCUAACAACAGUCAGUGGUUGACGACUUUUUAUGAUAGGAAGUGAUUAAUUGCCUUGUCAAGAAGAAACAAUGUGAAUGCGAAUAUUUGUAAAUACUGAAGUAGCGGGUGAACGAGCUGCAGGAAGUAACAUACUGAAGGUAGCGGUGUGUGAUCUUGUCUCAACGACGGACCUCUGUCAAGAUAGAGGGAAAGUGGACGAGCUAGGUCAAAGGAACCUACCCCACUUCAGUGGCACUCAACACUGAGACCAAUAGCUCAACGCCAGUCACGAAAAAAAAAAUCUAGCCCAAAACAUCAGCCAUCAUCGUGCGACGGAAGCGAAGGACAUUAAGUAUCCACCCCCGAAAACAAAAUCGCAGAUUCAGGUCACAAAGCUACCCCCCGAAAGCUCACUGAGUGAGAGAAACACUUCAAAGGGCGUAGAAGUGGCGAUCUGAUUUACUCGAGAGUACACCCGCCGCAGAAUGGCGACGAUUAAGAAUGAAAAUAUACAAAUAAGUGAUAAUGGUGGUCCAAAGACGAAUACGACACCGGCGUCGGUCACGAAGGGGAUGAUGGUGACGUCGCCGUCGGUGGCCACAGCAGCAGCACUAAUACAUCCACUAGCGCCGUUGGCCACCGUUCCUCUCGAGGUGCGAGACGAGACGUCCCAAAACGAAAAAUCAGUUCACAGUCAACCAUCGCAGACGUCGAAGCGUCAACCGGGAUUACGCGCGUGGUUCCGCAAAUCGAACACUUGUGGCAGUUUGUACGUGAAGUGUAGCUGUAGUAACGGAGUUCCAUCUGGAGGAUCGCCUCAAGCCGGCUCAGAAGCGGUCAAAGGCACCGAAGAGGGCAGCCAAAGGCACAGUCAUCAUCAUAACACUAGGCCCAUUUCGACCUCGGAGAAGGACUUCCGGAAGAUCAAGGUUUUGCAUGCGUUCGCCCAUCCGGAUACGACGACCGUUUUCACCGAUCAGAACAAAUACGCCAACAAUUUGAGCGAAUCGCCUACGCGGGCCUUGAUAACCUCGGCACAGUCCGGGGAGUUCGAGAUUGUUCACUCGACACAUUCCAAGCGAUUGUCGACGCCGAACUUCAAGGCGGAUUACGCUUUCCAUCCGGAAUUCGUACUCAAGAAGCUCAUCCCCAAAUCCAAUGGGCUUAGUCAGGACGGGAAGACACCCUCCAUUAGCAUUCCAUCGCCGAGAAGGCCUGUUCUGAAGAAAAGUUCCAGAAGCUACCCGGGGCUAUCCCCAUCUGGAAGCAGCGUAGACUCAAUUGAACGAUCCUUAGUGCAUAACCAUUCCGCAUCUUCCAGCGUAGACGAAGUCACCGAAGAGGAAGAGCAAGGAACCCGCCGAAGCAGUGAAGAGUUCACCAGUUCACAGGACUCCUACAUAUCGUUUAGUGCAAAUACCGAACUCCAAAGAGACUCGUUUAGCAAUACCAAUAUUCAAAAACUUUCGCUCAAAUAUGCAGCCAUCAAAGCUGUUAGUGAUCAUGAGGUCCAAGAAGAAUCUUUGACAAAGCAACAAGAAGAAAUACAGUUGGAGGACAACAGCAGCAUUCAGGAUACCGUCAUCCAAUGCUGCAGUGAUAGUGCUUGUGAUAGUGACAAUUCUAGCAAUACUUGCAAUAGCUCCGACAGCAGUCCGAAGAGUCCCCCAUCGGUCCUUCAGCACUUCAGUCGGGUGUUGAGUUCUCCAACCCCAGGAUCUCCGAUCACAUCCCCUCAAACACCGACCUUAGAUCGUUCGGCGCAGGAAUUCUUCAUCCAGUCGGGCAUUCUAGGACCAAUGGGCAAUGGAUCGUCGGUACUCGGGCGAAAGACCUCCAAGAUCGUUCCCAACGUGGACGGACCGGUCAAGGAGCGAAUUCGCAAAAACUCCAAACUCCUCUUCGGCAAGCGGACCAUCCCCCUGAGCAACGGUGACCGGCGCAAGUCCAUCCCACCGGAACACAACUGUGAUAGUUUCCAAUCGUACGGAAGCACCCCGACGCUGGGCAGCGGCACCAAGAGCAAAACGCUCGAAGACGAAAUCCACUUCCUGCGGCAGCAGCUGAAGGCGCGCGACGAAGAGAUCAGCAAACUCAAGCGGGAGAUUGAUAAGUUGAAGAGUGUACUCCAGCAGACGACAACGAGCAGCUUGGACCGGUCACAGAAUGCAGGAAGCGGAGCAGGAGGAACGGUGGCGCCAAUGUCCAGUCCCAAGGUACUCCAAGCGGUCGAAGGCGACCUGCUGUCCAGUAUCCAGGCGAACUACGUUAUGGCCGGACAGCAGCUGCCCAUGUCCGAACUGUACGGCAUCACGGGCAAGGGCUUCAAAUUGGCCCACUCGAGUCAACUGGCCGGAAUCGGGGCCAACGAUGGCUCCUUCCGUCAGAACAAAGGGGCUACGCUGAUGGCCAUGAAGAAGCAGGGUGUGUCUGGUGAAAGCUGUGAGUUGACGGGCAGUCCAUCCGACAUCAAGAUCCCCAAAUACGAAAAAGACUACAGCGCGAAGCAACUCAUCAAGGAUGCCAUUUUGGAGAACGACUUCUUCAAGAACAUCGACUCGCUGCAGAUCCGCGAAAUCGUCGACUCGAUGUACAGUCGUGAGUUUCGCUCCGGGGAGUACGUGAUCCACGAGGGACAGGCCGGAUCGCAUCUGUACGUGUCGGCCGCCGGCGAGUUCGAAGUGCUCAAGGACGGCAAGUUCCUCGGAUUGAUGGGCCCCGGCAAGGCGUUCGGCGAGCUGGCCAUUCUGUACAACUGCACCCGCACCGCGUCUAUUCGAGUGUUGAGCGACUCACGAGUGUGGGUUUUGGACCGACGGGUAUUCCAGCAGAUAAUGAUGCGAACCGGGCUGCAGAGGAUAGAGGAGAACGUCAACUUUUUGCGGUCGGUGCCACUACUGAAGAAUCUGAGUAAUGACGUACUUACCAAGAUUGCUGACGUGCUGGAAGUGGAAUUCUAUCCGGCGGGAGCAUACAUUAUACGCCAGGGAGCUGCCGGUGACUCGUUCUUCCUUAUCAGUCAGGGAACAGUGAAAGUGACCCAACGUCUACCAGGAUGCGCCGUCGAAGAAGAAAUAAGAAUCCUUGGUCGCGGGGAGUACUUUGGCGAGAAAGCCCUCAUCAAGGAGGACAAACGGACGGCGAACAUCAUAGCGAUGUCACCGGGCGUGGAGUGCCUCACGCUGGACCGAGAGUCCUUCAGCAAACACAUCGGCGAUCUGUGCGAACUGCACGAGAAGGACUACGGUGACGAGCAGCGGGUGCUGGCAUUCCGCAAUCUGGAGAAUAAUAACCUACCGUCGUCGCUGGAUGCCGUCAAACCAGAAUUGAUGGACGUCGAGUUGAUGGAUCUGAACGUGGUUGGGACGCUGGGAGUGGGCGGAUUCGGGCGAGUGGAACUAGUCAAACUGGAGCGGAAUGGAGUGGUUCAGGUGUUUGCCCUAAAGUGCAUGAAGAAGAAACACAUCGUGGACACCAAACAGCAGGAGCACGUGUUUAGCGAGAGGAAAAUUAUGCUUUCUUGCCAUAGUCCUUUCAUUACCCGGUUGUAUCGGACCUAUCGGGACGAUAAGUUUGUGUAUAUGCUGCUGGAGGCUUGCCUGGGUGGAGAGGUUUGGACGAUCUUGAGGGAUCGGUCGUACUUUGAGGAUUCGACGGCGAAGUUUAUCGUCGGAUGCGUGUUGAAAGCGUUCGAGUUUUUGCAUGCCCGGGGGAUAGUGUAUCGAGAUCUGAAGCCGGAGAAUCUGCUGCUGGACUCGAGGGGAUACGUUAAGCUGGUGGAUUUCGGAUUCGCAAAGUUCAUUGGCUACAGCAGUAAAACUUGGACAUUCUGUGGGACGCCAGAGUACGUUGCUCCGGAGAUAGUGCUGAACAAGGGUCACGACCGUUCGGUAGACUACUGGGCGCUGGGAGUGCUGAUCCAUGAACUGCUGACCGGAAUACCACCAUUCGCUGCAGCCGACCCCAUGAAGACGUACAACAUCAUCCUGAAAGGCAUCGACAUGGUCAACUUCCCGAAGCACAUGUCCCGCGCAGCAGUAAGCCUGAUCAAACGACUCUGCCGGGAUGUGCCCACGGAACGUUUGGGCUAUCAACGGGGAGGCAUCCAGGACAUUAAGAAGCACAAAUGGUUCCAAGGCUUCGACUGGGAAGGCCUCGCCAACCAAACGCUCAAAUCUCCUCUGCAACCGAAGCUGAAGGGACCGCUGGACAUGUCCAACUUCGAUGUGUUCCCCGCCGACGGUCACAUUCCACCGGACGAGGUUUCCGGGUGGGACGAAGGAUUCUAGAGCGCUAGAGCCGGAAGUGCAAUCGAUGAGCAAUAUCAGAGGACAGACGACGACGUGCUUUACCACAAAUGUAAAUGAUGAGCUUUACCCAAAAAAAAAAUGAAAUAUUUAGAGUCAUUAGCUUAACUUGUAGGAACCUCAAGGCCUUAGAUUACGCAUAGGAGCUAUAUUUAAUUUCUCAAGUUGUUUGUAGAGUUGCACACGAUUUAUAUGCCCCUCUUAAUAAAAUGGUGAAUUUGAGUAUUUUGAUGAGCUUUA